AUGGAUGGUGGCCAGACCUCGUCGAAUCCCGCCCCCGCUGGGAACUCCAGCGAUUUUGUUCGCAAACUGUACAAAAUGUUGGAGGAUCCCUCCUACGCGUCCAUCGUGCGCUGGGGGGAUGAAGGGGAUAGCUUCGUGGUCCUUGAGUGCGAAAAAUUCACCAAGACUAUCCUGCCCAAACACUUCAAGCACAGCAACUUCGCCAGUUUCGUGCGCCAACUCAACAAGUAUGAUUUCCACAAGGUUCGACAGAAUAACGAGGAGAACGGCCAGUCGCCGUAUGGGCAAAAUGCGUGGGAGUUUAAGCACCCCGAGUUCCGGGCCAACAGCAAGGACUCGCUAGACAACAUUCGCCGGAAGGCCCCUGCUCCCCGCAAGCAGGCCCAGAGCAACGACGAGUCCGUCCCCACCCAGCAGAUCGAUUUGCUCAACCAACAGAUUGUCGCCCAGCAGCAGCAGAUUCAGCAUCUUUCAGAUCGCUAUGCUCAGCUCACAGUGGACCAUCAGCUCAUGUUGCAGGAGGUGAUGCGCGUGCAGAAGACUGUCUUGAAUCAUGAGAAUGUUAUUCACCAGGUGAUGACUUAUUUGCUCUCGGUGGAUGCGCGCCAACGGAGGGACAGCAAGGCUGUCUCAUUCCAGGGACAGGGCAGCGCCGCCAUAAGCCCCUCGCAGGUUGGAGCUGCGGAUGAUGAACCAUCAUCGCCUCUCCAGCAGGCGUCGAAGCUCUUGAAUGACAUGCAUGCAGAGAUCCAGUUCAACCUCACCGGGAUGGAUUCGGCGGCCAACGAUGCCCAGAAGGCGGGUGUAGUCCCAGUGGCAGCUCCCCCCAUGGAUCCUGCUGCACGGAAUGGGGCCGCGCGUCCAGGGACCAGCGCACCACCGAACGCGGCGUUGGUCUAUCCCAAGAUGGGCGGCGACUUGGAGCAAGUGGUGUACCCGGUGGGCACGAGCAAUGGCAUCGACCCCAUGUAUAGCGAGCACGUGAAUAACGUGCCGUACCCCAUGCCUGCCAAGCCAGAGAUUGACUCUGCGGAGGCGCGGCGCCAGUACCCAGACACGAACCGCAAAAAGACCACCAACGUCGACCCCGGCUGGAUGCGCAGUCCGCAAAUCCUUUUGGUGGAAGAUGACGCUACUUGCCGACAGAUUGGCGGCAAAUUCCUGUACUCCUUCAAUUGCGUGAUUGACACUGCUUUUGACGGCUUGGAGGCUGUGAACAAGAUGCAGGGUGGCUCGAAGUACGAUUUGAUUCUCAUGGAUAUCAUCAUGCCGAACUUGGACGGCGUGUCCGCCUGCCACCUCAUCCGCCAAUUCGACCGAACUCCCAUUAUCGCCAUGACCUCCAACAUCCGCAGUGAUGAUAUUCAGCUCUACUUCCAACACGGUAUGGACGACGUUCUUCCGAAGCCGUUCACUAGAAAGAGUCUGCUCGGUAUGCUUGAGAAGCAUUUGGUACAUCUCAAGACUAUGCCGCAGGGUAUCGAGGCCGCCCCGCCAGCCGCGGCCGCGGUGACAAUGGCUGCCCAAACAUCCGCCUCCCAAUCGAUCAAAGAGGACAGUUCCCCAGGCCAAUCUCCGGCCGGUUCGAUGAGCAACUGGCAAUCACCAGGCCAAUUCCAGGGCAUGCCGACGGUUCCACCCACCAUGCCCGCAGUCCAACAAUACGUGGCCGCCCCCGGAGCACCCCCGGGAGCAUACACGGUUGACCAGAAUGGCGUUCAGUUUCCUGCACCGCCCGCCGUCACGGUUCCUUCCACCGGUGCCCCUCCUCGGCCCCAGCAUCGCCGGCAAAUGUCUGAGAUGUCCAGCGCCACAGAGAACCCCAACGUAAAACGGCAGCGCAUGUACCCCCAACCCCAGCCGAUGAUGGCUGUGCAAGCUGGGCGUCCUGGCUAA